AUGUCCUCACGAGGAGGAAGAGGCAGAGGACUCGGCCUCCGAAUCGGCGUGCCGGCUCGGACCACCAACGCGGCUCGACCCCAGCCUCUGCCUCUCCCCGUCCCGCAAGCCCUCCCCAUGCCUCCAGCCGGCGCAGCCGCCGCCGCAGCAGCCGCCGCGAAAGGUGCACCUACUAGCGUCCAGCCCGUCCCCGUCGCCGGGAUCAACGGCGGACCAGGAGGCGGAGCAGGCGGCGCAUUGGGAACUGGUUCUGGUGCUGCUGGUGGAGCCGCGUUAGGCGUCGCGGGGGCGGGAAACGCGGUGAAAGCGCCGAUGAUGGUGUUCACGCCGCGCGAAGAUGUGGCUCUGGAGGAUCUGGAGAGGAUUCUGCCGCCGUUAGGGUUUGGAAGCGGGGGUCGCGUGUACCGCGUUCGGCAUAAGAAAUCCGGCAAGGAAUACGCGCUGAAGGUGAUUCAGGAGAAGUACGACGAGGAGGUGCGGAAGCAGAUCAUUCAGGAGAUGCAGAUCCUACGGCGCGCACGAUCCGACCAUGUGGUGGAGUGUUACGGCAUCUUUGACCACCUGGGGGAGAUCUCGUUCGUCCUGGAGCUCAUGGAUGGUGGCACCUUGGCGGAUGUGACUAAGAAAAAGGGCAAGAUUCCGGAGUUGUUUAUGCCAGAGGUGAAGAUUGCUAAUAUGGGGGUGAGCGAGAGCUGGGAUUCAAAGUGCCUCAAAACUCAUAAUCAUUCUCCUGUCUAUGCCCUCUUCCCCCUAUCCCCAACCAACCCCCUCUCUCCCCCACACCCCUCCCUCUUCUCGCAGGUGAAGAUUGCUGAUUUCGGGGUGAAAAUCGCUGAUUUCGGGGAGAGGGCUUAUAAGCUUUUCCCUCGUUCCUCCCCACCCUCGCAGGUGAAGAUUGCUGAUUUCGGGGUGAGCAAGGAGUUAGCGUCCACGCUAGCCCAGUGCAACUCGUAUGUCGGCACUUCCGCCUACCUCUCCCCCGAACGCAUCAACCCGCCGCCAGGCGAGGGCUACGACGGCUACCUCUCAGACGUCUGGUCCAUGGGGCUCUCUCUCCUCGAGCUCGUGAUUGGCCGGUUCCCGUACGUGCAGGCCGGGCAGUCGGCCGAUUGGAUGACGCUUUUCGGCGCGAUUGUUUUCAACGAGCCGCCCGAGGCUCCGGGCAGCUGCUCGUUGGAGUUUCAGGAUUUUAUCCGAUGCUGUUUGCAGAAGGAGCCGAAAAAGAGGAAGAGUGCGGCUGAGUUGCUGGAGCAUCCGUUUUGUCAGCUUCUGGUGGGGGAUCCUAAGUGGACGGACCUGAAGCAGCUGCUGCCGCCCCAGCCUGCCCAGCCUCCGCAGCAGCCUCGGUUGCCGCCGCAGCUGCACCCGAACCAAGGGGCUGGGCAGGGAGGGCAAGGGGUGAGGGUGGGGCAGGGGACAGGGCAAGGGGGGCAGCAGCAACAGCAGCAGGGGAGGGUAGCUGGGUCUCAAAAUGCACAAGUGCAGCAGAGACAGCCAUCUCAGCAGGUGCAGCAGGGGCAGGGGCAGGGGCAGCAAGGUCAAGCAGCAGUAGCGGGGGCGGCAGGGCAAGGUGAGCCGCAGAGGGCAGCGCCGCAAGUGCCGGUGGCGGGGAUGGUGCUGCAGAUGCCGACUGCUGGGUUGUCGAGAGGCAGGAAUGUGCCGCAGCAGCAACAGCCAGUUGUUGGUGGACAGGUGGCAGGACAGCCGCAGCAGCAGUAUGGGGUGCAGUCUGGUGUGAAGCACUACCAGCAGAAUCCGCAGAUGCUUCAGCAGCUCGCAGCAGCACAGCAGACAUUGCCAACAUGGAAACAAGAGAAAGUCAGACGGAAAUACGACGAGGUUGUUGUAGACGAACGGAAAGCGGCAGUUGGACCAGGAGAGGACGACCUAUCCGUUGUCGCAGCGCAGAGCACUCGGCAAUCCCGAGGUCGACAAGCGCAGCGUCGAGAUUCGCCGGAUCGGACGGCCGAGAAUGACCGACAGGCGGCGGCGGACGUGGUGGAUGUGCCGAGCUACGAAGGGAUGGACGCCCGGCAAAAGAAGCUCUUUGAGAUACGCCUCAAGUUGAACCAAGCGCGGAAGGCGAAUCAGACGGCGGUGGUGGCGGAGAAGCGGCGCGAGGAGAAGCCCGAGGAGGAGGAGUCGCGCGGAGUGAGCAAGGCGGCGUGGUUCGAGGAGAAGAAGCGCAAGAUGAGCAAACAGCUCGACGCGGCCGGGCUGGAUAUCACCAAGGCGUACAUGCUGGAGACGCAGGAGGCGGCGGAGGGCAAAUACAAGAAGUGGGAGAAGAAAGAGGCGCCCUUUGGCUGGGAUGCGUUCAACCAGCAGGCGCUGUACAACGCAUACAAGAAGCGCACAGGCAACAUCCCUUACACAGAAGAGGACUACCUUAAAGCCAAGGAAAAAGACCCCGACUUUUACCGCGACGAUGCGAGUCUCCAAAUAACCUGGAGCGGGGUACUGCGCUGCCUGAUUAACCUGGUUCAGAGCUUUUGA